AUGGCUACGAGGAGCAAGAGGCCUGGCCAGGAGCCCCCAGGGAGCCAAGGUCACUCCCACAGAAAUUACAAAGGGAUGAGCCCCAAGGCACCCCCGUGCUUUGCAGAGAAAGGAGAAGAUCCAGGCUCCCGUGAAAGCCAGAGGAAGGACGGCAUCGUGGAGACCAGACAGGGCUCGUGGGGCACAGGAGGGACCAGGGUCAGACUUGGAGCCUCCUCUAGUCCCCUGGACCCUAGAAUCCAGACCACUCACUCCUCUCCUCUCUCUCCACCCACAGCCAUCACCAGGCAGAGGCAGGUGGCCCAGGACUCCAGGCACAAGCGAUGGAGAAGCCCCGAUGGCUCCCUUGACAAGCGCCACAGAGAAAAUGGACAGUGGGAGGAGCAGGGCAGGGGAGGAUCAUGGCCAGCCCAAAGGAGGAGAGAGGAGCAGCAGGCUGACUGCGCUGGAGAAGGACGUCCUGGCAGAACAGGUGCUGCUGCCCACUCUUCGUGGCGCCACAAGGGCAGGAGGACCCGGCCCAGGUCGCCGGUGAGGACCACCGGCCGCAGACGCCGCCGGGACAGCCGCGAGGCCCGUCCCGCCUCCCCGAAGCGCCGCCGCGGUCACCUGGAGCUGGAGGCGCGCGAUCCCCUGGCGGCGGUGACCACCAGGCUCUGGCACCGGGUGGGCGCGCUGGAGGUGGCGCUGGACGAGCUGCGGGCUCCGGGGGGAGCCUUCCUGCCUGGGCCCUCCCACCGCACGCAACCGUCGGCCUCGCAGCGCGCCUGGCUCGCCUGGCAGCUGGCGCACGCGGGUGCGACCCUGCACUGGGCGGCCGCCCGGCUCCACGCCCUGCUGGCCGCGCAGCCCGAGCCUUAGGGGCGCACGGGGGACUCGCCUCCCCGCCGGCCGGCUCU